GGCAGAAUGUCAACCGUGAUAUGUAACCCGUUCCCCGGUAAGAGACACCCCCCUUCCACGGUGUCGUCCAACUGAGCUACAACACGUCGACUUUCUUGUGCAGCUGGGGUUCCCCCUUCUCUUAAAGUUGGUCAGACUGUCUCCAGCUGGAGUUUUCUACUGAAAAAGUGAGACUCGGCGGGGGGCAACAUGCGCUCCUUAGCGGGACUGGCUGCCAUUAUGGUGGCGGCAACUGUCUACCUCUACCUGCUGUCGACUCAUCUUCCCCCGGGACCCAAGCACGACGAGCCGGGCGCCGAGGGGGAGGACGGGGAAGUCCAGGAGUACAGGUUGAAGUUCCCUUCUGACCUGGAUGAGCUGCGAGAGCUCGCUGAGAUGCUCAAAUUUUACAAAAGAGAGCAUCAUGGCUACGUGCUGCUGCUGUUCUGCAGUGCCUACCUCUACAAACAGUCCUUCGCCAUCCCUGGCUCCUCCUUCCUGAACAUGUUGGCUGGUGCAACAUUUGGCCCUUGGGAGGGUUUGGUGUUGGCCUGCAUGCUCAGCACUUCAGGCUCCACACUCUGCUUCCUGCUCUCCUCGGCUUUUGGGAAGCAGCACGUGGUUCAAGUCUUCCCUGAGAAGGUGGCCCUGCUGCAGAGGAAGGUAGAGGAAAAUCGUAGCAGUUUGUUCUUCUUCCUGCUUUUCCUUCGUUUCUUCCCCAUGACACCUAACUGGUUCCUUAACAUCACUUGUCCUGUCCUCAACAUCCCCAUGCCUAUUUUCUUCUUCUCUGUGUUGAUAGGUUUGAUCCCCUACAACUUCAUCUGUGUCCGUACGGGCUCCAUGCUCUCUGAGAUCUCCUCUCUGGAUGAUAUCUUCUCCUGGGGGACACUGGCCCAGCUCCUGGCCAUCGCCCUCAUGGCUCUCCUACCCGGAGCGCUGAUCAAACACUUCAGCAAAGCUCACCUCAAGGUGGACGGCAUAGACAGUAAUGGACCCAGGCAGGCUGAUGUCAAGCGGGACCGGAAAAGACAAUGAUUGUGGCAUGAUAGAGGAGUCAUGUGGUUUGGGCUCGUCCAAUGGUAGACAUGUGGCCAUUUGUCCCCUAGAGCCUCUUGAGGGAUGAAGUAUAAGUGUGAUCUGUUCUGAACGUUUGUAAGUGUGUUAAGGCAACUUGACACCAACCUUAGAGAGUCUAUGUUUCCCACUUCGAACGUCAUCACACAGGUACAGAGUUUCAGGGAGAUCUUCUGAGAGGGCCCUAAAGACCCUUGGAUUUACAAUGAAAUAAGGUCUUAACAUUUGAAGCUGAAUGGAUUCUCUACAAAAUGCUCGGUAGUUGAAAUUCUGAAGGCAAUACUGUAAUAAUAAAUGGUGUUAAAUCACCUUGGUCGUCUUGAAAUGACACUUUAGAGGUGCUAGCACUGAGAAAGGACCCUUAAACACAAUUAUUCUGUUAAUUUAUUUUCUGAUCUUCAAGCCUAAUUGUAACUUUCAAAAGGUAAUUUCCAUAUUGGGGAAAUGUAAUACUGUUUUUACAGACAUGAUCGCUGUGAUCUCAGUGAAUCAGUCAGCGUACUGCUGCCAUACAGUCAGUUUCCAUCCCAGGGCUCGCCACAGGCUGAAAGUUGACAGCGUUUAAUUGUGCACUUUGAUGAUCUGCCUUUCAACAUAACGUCAGUUGUAAAUCUGACCCUCUUUCCAGUGUGCUGCCACUUUGUCAAGUUAUCACCAGAGCUUUGAAAGCAAUUUUGUCCCACUAGACCCCCGCUGUGAAGAAACCAGUGGUGGCUCAAACACACUAGAUGUCCUCCAUGUUCUUUGUUGAUUUUAGUCUGCUGCGGUUUCAAGAGAACAGACAACUAACCACAAAGACAAUCAUGUUUCAAUCUGUAUUAAUGUUUACUCACUAACUCUGUUUGCUGCCAAUACUUUUUCAGGAUCGACAUGGAGUUUUUUUAAGCACAUUGUUACUCUUUAAAGUUUUGAGUGUGAAUCCGUCUUUUCCUAAAGCACUUGAACAUGUGUCUUAAUGUAGCGGAGGCUGUGUCACAGAGGGGUUUACUGCAGCUCUGUGAAGAUCUUCUAAUGAUGGGCUCAACAAAGACAGAGAGAUAGAGCACACUGUUGUAACAGACUUUUAGAGAUACUUAAACUGUGAUUAAAGGCAGGGUUGGUCAUUUUCGAAAACUCGCAUGAUUUUGAAAGUAGCAUUCCCUCAGUGCUCCGUCUAGUACACCCACCCCUCCCCUCUGUGCUCCCUCAAAAGCCACGCCCCUCCCUUAGAUGCAUGAGCGGCGUUGCUCCAGAAGAGCGGGAUGUAAACGCUAAACUUUACUACAAUACAUGUCAAGAAAAAGACUAUUGACUACUCACAAUGGCCAAAGACAAACUCACAGUGUAAACUCCGUCAUCGUUAACGCGCUUUGAGCGAGGGCUAGUGCAGAUUGGCACCUCGUGGCAGACAUUGGUCAAAGUUUUCACAUGCUAACAACGGCUACAGAUGACGGAUUUUCCUCAUUCCUUUUUCAGAGUUAUGAGUUAUUAAUGUAAGUCAAGACCUAAAGAGAAUUUCAACCAAAAUCUUAUAUGAAUCUGGAGAAAAUUACCAACUCUGCCUUCAAGUUACUCUGCAAUUGAAAUCUUUUAUUUUGAUACAAUCAUGAGAAGAUGGCGUCUUUUACUCUUGUUAUUACGAGGCCUUUUACUGGGAGUGCUGUUGCACUUUGUCUUUUGCUUUCAGUUAAACUGAGUCAUUGUUGAAGUUAACUUGUUUGGAGUUUAACAUUUUUUUAAGUGAGUGUUUAGCAGAACAGAUAUUUUUUAUAUAGAGAGACGAGUUUUAAACUGUACCUCCUGAUUUAAAAAAAAAUAACACGAGUUCGCUCCACAUUCAGGAUGGUUGUCGAUUGACGAAACAAAGGUUUUUAUAGACACUUUUCUUAUGUAGAGUUUAAAGGUUCAUCAUCAUUUUAAGAUGAUCUGUUUGUUGUAGUUAGGACUUUCAAUCCUUUAUUAUUAUAGCUGAACAGUACAGUUGAGGAUUAUCACAGUCACAGAGUGGAGUCACGCUUUAUGUGUGAGUGUAGCAGCUCUUGACACAAACAGUGAAAACAAUGAUACGGAGGGUCAUGAAGGUCGGACAGCAACGUGCAAAAGGCUGCACAGGAAGUCUUAAUAAAACAAUGAGGGGCUUUGUUUAAGUGACAGGAAGAUUUUUUUUUUUUACCAGAUGCAAAAAAAAUACAAAGUAAAAAGAUAAAAAUACUCCUGUCAUGGUGUUAUCCAUUAUGUUGUGAACAAUGUUUGCUUGUCUGUCAAAUCUGUAUGACUGGGAUAAAUUUAUGAUUUCUGCUGA